GUUAACUUCCACGCAUACGAAAUUUUUCUUCCUUGAAAAAUGAAACGAAACGUGUCGAAUCAUUCCCACCGUGAUGAAAAGUUGAGAUUAUCACGCAAUGGAAAUUACGAGGCUGGACUACGAAGAACAGAAGAAGAACGAUUGCGGCGUAGGCGCGAAUGGAUGAUAGAACAACAAAGGCUACGAGAACAUGAAAAGUUGAAGGAAAAGAAGAUUUUAGAAUAUGAAAUACGUCGUGCUCUUGAGAAAGGUUUACCGCUGCCCAGAGGAAGAUUAUCACAUCACAGCCGUAGUAAGAGUAAAAGCAAAUCCACGGAAAAUCGACAUAGAACUGUUACAUCAAAUACAUCUAAUACAUCUAUAUUAUCUAAAAAAUUAGAACCAUCAGAUGGUACAACACCUUUAUUUAAAGGACCAGAAGGCACACAGGUUAGCGCUGCGGAACUACGAAGAAUUAAAGUAGAUAUUCACAGGAAUGUACCAGGCAAAGCGACAACUGAUGAUCUCCAACGAGAUAUUAUCAAUCCUGAAGAUGUUCUGGUCAAAAGAAGAGAGGGAGAAGGAUCGAAACCUAUAUUUGAAAGAGAAGAAAUAAAAGGUACAACAGUCAAAACAGAUGAAAUUGUGGAACGUCGUACAGUUGUUGUUUUAAAUAAUGAAAAUUUAGAAAGCAAGUCGAAAGUGAAUAAAAAAUAUACUACUUCUUCAAGAAAUCGAAGCCCCAGUCCUCGACAUAGAUCGUCCCGCCAUGCCAGGUAUGAGGAUUCAAAAUAUGAUAACAGGGACAGUUAUAGAAGUGAUAGAGGAAGAAAUCACAGUAGAGGUAGAAGUAGAGAGUAUAAAGAAACAGUCAGACGACAUAGUCAAUUAAACACUGCAGAGGAAGAGCAUCUGCGUGAAAGAAAAGGUCAUAGGGAUCAUUCACGUUCAAGGGAACGAGAACAAAGAGCAUGGGUCAGAGAUUCACAUCAUAGAUCAUCUAAAGAUGAAAGAUCUUAUCGAGAAAGAUCAAGAGAACGGUCCCGAGAAAGAAGAGAAAGAGAUAGGUCUAGAGAACAUAGGAUACCUCCAUCGCAUUAUAUCGAGCAGAUUCCUGUUCCUGUUUAUUAUGGAGAUUUUCCUCCGAGACCAAUAAUGGUUGGACCCUUGGUUCCAAUUCGAGGUCAGGUACCACCUUUAGGAGGAACUAGGCAUAUGAUGGGUCCAUUAAGACCAUUUCCACCACGAUUUAUUCCGCCAGAUAUGUAUAGAUUACGUCCGCCUCUAAAUCCUAGAUUUAGGCCAAUGUAUUAAUAGACUAGACGAGGAACGGGGAGAGGAUGGUCGGUCCCAGGGCCACCUCUCUUUCGGUAAGUGCGACCGGGGACCAAUUAAAAGUGUUGGAGGGGGAUGGUGUCGAUAGGAUACUUGAAGAGACAAUAGUUCACCCGCACCCUGAGAGAAGAGGUGUUAGAAUGACGUCGUGGAAAGUAGGGCCUGGACGCAGAACAAAUCGGGAGGCGGAGGGAGGGUCGUCCGCUAAUCGGACUCCGAGACGUGAGAGGGCUGAUAAAGAGUCUCGAAAUAUUAACUCUUAAUAUGGAUAGGAUGAUAAGGAGAGUUACAGCAUUGAGCAAGGGGGAUUCCACGCUUAAGAAAUUAAACUUUGAGAGCGCGCAGGAGAUUAAAAAAGUGAGGGAGUGGUGCACUCCAAAGCAGAGACGGAUAGUGAACGGCAUGACAGUAGAACGGUCGCGAUGAGAUGACUCCAACGGAGCAGAAUGAGGUCAGUCGACGAAGGGUAUCGGUGGCAAGCCAGACUGAGUUUGGUCAGUCGGCUAAGCGUAAAGGGAUAUUCCCCUUGAAUGAGAAAAAGGCAAACUUUAGCAAAAAACCUAGCAGGAUGGACGAGAUGACGUAUACAGAAAUAUUAAGAGAUGGGGAAUCUGAAUGGAUGCGCGUCGAGGGACGAAGGAGAGUCCGAAGCCGAAUAGAGAGCUCGAUGGGUACAGAGGGGCUUAAUGGCAGGACUCCGGUAAGAGUAGCCAGAGAAAGGACGCCGAGAAGAAGAAGCGAGGCGAUCCUCGUUAAGGUUGGACAGGAUUGGAUUGACUCCAAUUGGAUUGACUCCUACAGGGAGCUGGCCAAGAUAAGAGCACCCUUAAGGAGACGACAGCAGUGAGGAAGACCAGAGCCGGGUAUAUUCUGAUCCAGUUCACCAGUAAAGCAACGGUGGGCGAGGUCGCUGACUGCCUCAAGAAAGCUAUGCGGCAGAGUACGGAGAUAGUUCCUCUGGCUAACAGAGAAACAAUCGAAAUGAAAAAUAUAGACCCGAUAGCUACAAGGGAAGAAGUAAUCCAGGAUAUAGCAACGGGAUUAGGCAUUAAACAGCAAUGUAUACAGGUAAAGUCCUUAAGGAUGACGCCAUGGGAAACGCAGCAGGCGGUAAGUGGUGCUGCCGGCGAGCACCGUACUCAAAGACAGACUGAUUAGAAUUAAAACAGGGUUGACAAUAGCGACGGCUAGGAUUCUGCCCAACAUAGUGAGAUGUUAUAGAUGUCACAUGUUGGGACAUAAUCAACGGAUCUCCAAGGUAAUCGAGAUGAACGUCGAGGGAUACCUCCUGACGACGAGACAGGAAGUGAGAUACCUUGGGGUCCAGCUGGAUUGCAGAAGGAGGUUCGGAGCUCACUUGAAAAAGGUGUGCGGGAAGGCCAACGCCCUUAUGGGAGCAUUUAGAUCUUUGGGGUCCACCGGCUCUGCUACAAGACUCUGUUAUGGGGUCUGGGAGUCGAUGCUGUUAUAUGCGGGGCCUGUAUGAACCAAGGUAUUAAAUAUUAAGAAGAAUAGGAACACCUUGAAAAGGACCCAAAGGGCCGCAUUGACAAGAGUUUCGACGGCCUACCAUACAGUUUUCCAUGCAGCACUGUGCGUGCUUAUGGGCAUUAUGCCCAUUUGUUUCACAGCGGAGCUUCGAGCCGAAAAAUAUCGUAUUAAAAAGGAGGAUCAGCAAGAGCAGUACAACACCCGUUCAAGAGCUGGGAUCGCCUCGGUCUGUUAAGAGAGGAUUAUGGCACUGGAGGAGCGUAUCAUGGAGAAAUGGAAGGAGGAGUGGCGAUUUUACAGAGAAGACAAUUGGACGAAGCGACUGAUAGCGGAUGCAUGUUUAUUUAGAAGAUAUAGGAGGAAUAUUGAUCACUUCACCAUGCAGAUCCUGACAGGGCAUGGAAUUUUUAAUGUCUAUCGAGAAAUGAUUAAUAAGGAGGAUCACUCCAGAUGUUGGGAUUGCAAUACUGAAGGCGAUGACGCUGAACAUGCGCUUUUCCACUGCCUAAGAUGGAUACAUGAGAGGACUAGAAAAUUACGUCAGCACACCACUAACAACGGAGAAUUUAAUGGAACUAGUGGUGAAGAAGGAAGUCGACUGGGCAAGGUUUCAGGCCUUGUUCAGAAAAAUUAUGCUAGCAAGAAUGACGCAGGAGAAAUUCGAAGAGAGGAGGAGAAUUAGAGAAACAAGAAGAAGAAAUGGGAUUCAAGUAUGAGGGAGCAGUGCGUAGUUAAACCCAACCCUGAAGUAAUGCCGUAAGGCGCUUCCGGGGUUGAUGCUUGCACAGAAGAGGAGCGGAGAGAGGAGGGGUUUUUAGUGGGUAUGGCAACGCCAUCGGCCGAGUCCCACAUAGUCCAGUCUGGGCAUGCCUAACAGCAUUUUCCCCUCCUCGAUUAAAAAAUAAAAAAGAAGACCAAUGUAUUAAUGGAAGGUGUAUGAUGAAUAGAGAAUUAAUGUUUUAUUGCACAAUACGUGAACGUACAGUACUUGCCGCGCUAUACAUUAGACAUUGUACAAAGAUUAAACAUUCUUAAAGAUAUCAUAGUGAAAUAGAUUAUGCUUAAUUCAAGAUACUGUUAUGAAUAUAUGAGGUAUACAAGUGUUAUAUAUUUUUUUAAUCACUAUAUUAUAUUAUAAGAAUCUUUUAUGAUCUAAAUUAGGAACUGUAUGAAUUCGUUCAUUCAAACGCUAUAACAUAUAAAACUUGAUGCUUGAUGGGUUUUACAAUCCCGGUACAUUGUAAACACUAUUACACUAUUUAUACAAUCGCUUUUUAGGCUAAAAAUCAUAAAGACAAAGAAUACUUAUUUUUAAUCAUUGAUUUUUCGAACACAUUAUUAUGUAAUAUAUACAUUUUUAAGUAUAUUUAAGUUACGUAUAUAGUUUCCAAAAUCUUAUUAAAAUGUUCUAUAUUUGAUGUAUUUGUAUGUGAAACUUGCUCAUAUAUUUUUAGAUGGUAAUAAUAAUAUUGUGUAUAAAUUGUAUCAAUUGAUAAUAAAUUGUGAAUUAUUAAAUUUAA